GGAGAUCGAGAUGGGCGGAGUCUACAUCUGGCCAGCAAACUAGAUUUUACAGUUUAACCGUCCCGCAGAGGAGCUACCUGCCAAUCUAUGCCGGCUGCUGCAGGUGCUAGCAAAGUCGUCUGCACGCGUUAAAGGAAGUCUACACGAGACAGAGGCGACGUACGCGUACCUACUGUCGGGUGGGAGGAAAUGGCAAACUACCUCCAGGAGGUGUCUGACAAGUUCCACUACAUCCACUCGUGCGAGCUCAACAUCCCUUUCAGAAUCAAGAUAGGGACACUAGAAGGACAGAGGGAGAAGAAGAGUGUCCAGGACCUACUGGAGAACCCCCAACUCCAGUUCUCGGGGCUCUACCAGAGCGAGCACUCUGACCUCUACGUCACUGCCCAGGUCUUUGCCAACGGAAAGUCACUGACUCUACCGACACAGACAGCCUACAAGGCCUUCUCCACGCGGUGGAACUGGAACGAAUGGCUGCUCCUCCCAAUCCAUUUCAAAGACGUCCCGAGAAACGCAGUGCUGGCACUCACUAUCUAUGACAUCUACGGACCACGGAGAGCCGUACCGGUCGGCGGGACGACCAUACCGGUCUUUGGUCGCCACGGGUGUCUCCGACGAGGGAUCCACGACCUGCGGGUGUGGCUGGGGAAGGAGGCGGACGGCUCGCUCGCUGGGUCGACCCCUGGGGAGAUGAGCGAGGAGGGAGAAUCCGAGAUGAUGAGACUGUCGCGACUCGUCAAGAAACACCGCCGAGGUCGAAUGAUGCGAGUGGACUGGCUCGACCGACUCACCUACCGGGAAAUCGAGGUCAUCAACGAACGAGAGAAACGGAGCACCAACUACAUGUACCUCACGAUCGAGUUCCCGGCCUUCCACUUUGACAACGUCGAGCACGCGGUCGUGUUUUUCGAGCCGGACGGGAAUCUUCAGGAGAUCCAGCCACCCAAAUCAGAGUUCCUUCUGGUGAACGACAUGGAGUGGAACCUAGAAAACCUGGUCGAGCUGAAACACCAUCGCCUGACCCACAGCCUGAGGGAGGGAGCCAUUGCGAGGGAGCUAAAACCUAACACUCGUACACGAGACCACAUCGCUCGAAUCCUCAGCUACCCACCGACACACGAACUGUCGACGGACGAAAAGUCCCUCAUAUGGCAGUUUCGCUACUACCUCACCCAGGAGAGGAAGGCGCUGGCCAAGUUUGUUCAGAGCAUUGACUGGCAGUCGAAACAGGAGGCGGACGAGGCCGUGGAGCUGAUGUACCGCUGGCAGCCGCUCGAUACCACAGACGCUCUCGAGCUCCUCACGAGAGAUUUCAAAGACGCUCGCGUGAGGAAAUACGCAAUCUCAAGGCUCCAGUGUGCCGACAACGACGAGCUACUCCUCUACUUACUACAGUUGGUGCAAGCUCUUCGCUACGAGACCCCAGAGUUUCUGGAGCACGAGGAGGAGGAAGAGGAGGACGAGGAGGAAGAGGGAGAGAGUGAGGACCAGAAAGACCUCUCUCUGGAAGCCACCUACAGCGAAUCAACAAAGCAGAGACUGGAGCAGGAGUUGGCAGAGGCAGCCCAGGAGGACCACCGCGAUGAGUCGGGGGGCAGUGGAGGGGACGCCAGCUCCAGGGGGGAGGGGGAGGAGGGGGGCAGCGGGAGCGACAGUGAGAGGGAGGCGGGGCCGCUGCCGGUCCAGAUGCAGAACAGUCUGGAGAUGUCGGUCUGGUCUCUGGACGUGUCUCUGCCUCCCGGGAGUAUGGAGUCCUCCGUGUACGAGACUGAGUUCCCAGACCUGACCAGUUUCCUGCUGGCGAGAGCAUCUCGCAGCACUCAGCUGGCCAACUACUUCUACUGGUACCUCUCCGUGGAGUGCACCGAGGGCAAAGACAAACUGAAGUACGAGAGAAUCCGACUCAAGUUCCUGGACGGGCCUCAAAUCCAGUCCGAAACAGAAGUGGAGGAAGAGAUACCACAUGCUGACUCAGCAGGAGCUGCUCCUGGGAGAGCUAAAAGCCAUCAUGGCCACCAUCGCUAGUCUCAAGGAAGACAGACCAAAGAGGAUUGAGAAGCUUCGCAACAUUCUCUUGUCGCGAGAGAAUCUCCUCACGUUCAAGAGAACCACCAGACUUCCCCUCGACCCCCACGUACUGGUUGUGGGAAUUGAUCCCGACCACACCUCCUUGUUCAAGAGUGCCCUGAUGCCGUCCCGGUUUGGAUUCAGGACUGACAGCGGACAGCUCUACUCCGUGAUGUUCAAGUUGGGAGACGACCUGAGACAAGAUCAGCUCAUCCUCCAACUCAUUACACUAAUGGACAGGAUCCUCCGUAGGGAGAACCUGGACCUCAAACUGACGCCUUACAAUGUCCUAGCCUGCUCCUCGAACCACGGUUUCAUUCAGCUGGUGGACCAGACUGACACACUGGCUCAUGUUCUUCAGACUUUCAAGAAUAUACAGAAUUUCUUUAGGCAUUUCGGUCCGAUGGAAGGUGCGCCGUACGGCAUUGAUCCUGAUGUGAUGGACACCUACGUUAAGAGCUGCGCUGGCUACUGUGUGAUAACCUACCUCCUGGGAGUUGGAGACAGACACAACGAUAACCUACUUCUCUCUGAGAGUGGUCAUCUCAUUCACGUCGACUUUGGCUACAUCCUCGGGCGGGACUGCAAGCCGUUCCCACCUCCCAUGAAACUCAACAAGGAAAUGGUUGAGGCAAUGGGAGGUAUGGCCAGCUCAGAGUACCAGAAAUUCAGGGAGCACUGCUACAAUGCCUUUCUGGCACUGAGAAGGUCUGCAAACCUGAUUCUGAACCUGUUUUCUCUGAUGCUGGAUGCCGGCGUCCCUGACAUUGCUCUUGAACCUGACAAAACUGUCCAGAAAAUAAAGGACAAGUUCUGUCUGGAUCUGAAUGAGGAAGAGGCGGUGCAGCACAUACAGUCACUCAUUGACGAGAGUGUCAAGGCCAUGAUGGCCGUCUUUGUGGAACAGAUACACAAAUGGGCUCAAUAUUGGAGGAAAUAAGGAGGAAGUGGGACACCAGCAGUGUGUGGGGACAGGUAUCAGUCACUCAUUCCUGAGCCAGCAGCAAACAUACCGUGUCAUCACAUGCAUUCCGUGCAUAGUUUCGUUGGAAGAGUUUAUGUUUUGUACCAGUCGUCCAUACUGAAAGCAUUACUGACAACAGAUAUUAGCAUCAUAAAUACUACAAACUAAACCCAACUACAUAUUCAUCAGGAGUUGUAAUAACAUGUGCCAUGUCUGCAAAAAAUGACGUGUGUUGUAUCACGUCCCUGCUGCUGUAAAAAGCUCUGUGAUUAAACUAAUCGCUCUUUCCUUUUCCGACUUGGUUGGGGAUGAGUUGACGAGCAGGGUCUAACCCCAGCAACAUGAAGUGUCUCUCAUAAGCCUUGCUGUGUCUGAAGGCAGUGUCCGUGCCGUGGAGUCGGUCCAACACUCCCAGUGUUCCAAAAUUCUGGUUAAACUUGAGAUGGUGGAAGUCGUGUCCCUCGGGAGAGGGUAGGAAGGGGAGAUGGUACCCGCAGUGGCCCAUUGUGGUGUUGAAGAUGGCCACACUGUACCACAGAAUGGCCACGGAGAGGUGGGACCCCAUGACCAACGGACCGGCAAGGAUCGGCAUGAGGUUCACGAACACGUGCUCCAGAGGGUGGCAGUACACGGAGACUAUUCCGACCGGUGCCGUCCACUCGUGGUGUGUCUUGUGGAUGUGCUUGUAGAGGAGCCUGUGGUGGCACAGCCUGUGAGUGUAGUAGAAGCCAAUCUCCACGAUCACCAGAAAGCCAAGGAUGUGUAGGAUGGUGGUAGAGAACUGAGGCAGCUCGUAACCAGAGGGGUUUCCCCUCCAUUGCACCACAGGGUACAUGGCGAGACUGACACCCAGACUGACAAAACCAGUGUUGAAGACGACCCUGCGCAGGGCUUUCUUGUACUGUACCCAGCUUACCUGUACGUUCUUGUCCUCCUGUAUCUUGUACCGUAGCAUGAACUUGGGCCAGGCAGUCAGGUCCACAAACGUGAAGAAAACAUUUGCCAAUAUGAAUACAGCAUUGGA